AUGGUUGCGGACCCAGGCGCGUUCAAGUCCCCGCGCGCUUUGAUCGAGACGUGGACGACGACGAUCCCGGGGCUUUUCGAGUGGAACGCCAGGGAGAACGCCCAGUACCCGCUCUUCGCCUUCCACGACGGCGCGGCGGUCAAGACGCUGAGCUACGCCGAGGCUAUCGUAGGCAUCCGACACGCCGCGCGUCUCGUGCGACGCUUCGCCGGCGGCGACGCGAGCGUGCCCGUCGCGGUGCUCGCGAACACAGACUCGAUUACCUUCUCCCUCACCUCCGUCGGGGUCAUGCGCACGGGACACGUACUCUUCCCGAUCUCCGUUCGCAAUUCCGCCGUGGCCGUCGCGGACCUCAUGCGCCGCACUGAAUGCAGGCACAUGCUGGUGUCGAACGACCAAUACAUGCGCCAGGUCGCGGAGGAGGUCGUGAACGAAGUGCCAGAGGUGACGCUACACCCAAUGCCGCUGUUUGAAGAGCUUUUUACGCCCCCGGCGGGCGAGGUCGCCGAAGACGACCUCCCCAAGACCUAUGACGUCAACGCUGUUGCCAUGAUACUGCACUCUUCUGGUUCGACCGGCCACCCGAAGCCUAUCUACUGGACGCACAAACGGAUGGUCAGCCGGAGCACCACCUCAUGGUAUGGGGAGGUAGACCUCAGCGGAAUGAUAUUCGCCUGCCAUGGAAUCCCUAUGUUUCACGCUCAAGGUGUCUCAUUUUACUCCAUGGCCGCUGCUACCGGCCUCAUCCUCGCCGUAUUUCCUCCUGCGCAGCCACCGACCAUCCCCAACCCUGGGAAUGUGAUCCAGGGCGCGAUAGAAUCAUCGGCUGACUACGUGGUCACCGUACCGCCAUACGUUGAGGAAUGGUCGCAAGACCCACAAAAAGUGGCUCACAUGGCCAGUAUGCGGGGUAUUAUCUACGGUGGUGCCGAGCUCAGCCGAGAAAUCGGAGACGCUCUGGCGUCGCAAGGCAUCUCGUUGAUCAUGGCAUAUGGAUGUACAGAAGUUGGUGCUGUAGCGAACAUUAUCCCAGCUGACCCCGGCAUGAAUUGGUCGUGGUUCUCAAUCACUCCGUGGAUACAGACCGUUCUAAGAGAUGCAGGCGAUGGGAAGUUCGAAAUCAUCGUUUUGACAUCUCAGUCACCUAAAGAAUGUCCUCUGGCUGCUACGAACACACGUCUGGAAGAUGGUACUGCGGCCUUUUCAACAAACGAUCUCGUAAUCCGGCAUCCGACAAACCCGGGACUCUGGAGGAUGUACGGAAGGCAGGACGACCAGAUCACUCUUUCCAAUGGAGAGAAGACGAAUCCUAUACCUAUUGAGCGCAUCAUCCGCGAGGAUCCUCGUGUGCAAGAUUGCCUCGUCUUUGGACAAAACCGGUUUCAAAACGGGGUGUUACUUUUUCCCACUUCGUCUUGCGAUCCCCGUGAUGAGGACGUCGUGCGACAUCUCGUCGACCAGAUAUGGCCUUCUAUUCAACGGGCCAACACAUUUGCGCCACAACACUCUCGCAUCUUCAGAGAGUUGGUCUUAGUGGCAGAUCCUGCCAAGCCCUGUGACUACAACGCCAAAGGCAAUAUUCGUCGAAACCUCGUCCUGCAGCGGUACUCUCAAGAGAUCGAUGAUAUAUACUCUCAACUAGAGAAGAGGUCACAGAACGACCUGUGCCCACCGCCCAAGUGGACCCAGGACCACACGACCAAGUUCGUGCGCACGGUGGUACAGCGAGUGCUCGGACGCGCGAUUCCCGACGACACCGACGUGUUCCGUGCUGGCUGCGACAGUCUGCAGGCGAAGUGGAUCCGCAACACCCUCUCUCGUGCGCUCACGGAGCACUCUAUGGACGCCGCGAAGCGCCUGCCGCCGGACGUCGUCUUCAAGGCACCUUCGGUCUCGGCGCUGUCCAACGCUCUUCUCGCGACUGUCCACGACUCUCUGGAUUCCGUCACGGCCGCUACGACCGCACAGGAUCUCGAGGCGAUGGCAUGCCGGUACACUGCGACACCCCUCGUUCGGCCGUCUAGCCUUCGUCCUCGCGGGCAUGGGAAAGAUGUCAUCCUCAUCACCGGAACCACCGGAGGGUUUGGCUGCGAUGUGCUCGCGCACCUCCUUGAAGAUGAUGGCGUAGCACAAGUAUAUGCGUUCAAUAGACGCGGCGCGCGAACGAUGGAGAAGCAGCGAAAGCGCUUUGUGGAGCGCGGCCUCGACGUAGGGCUCCUCGACUUGGCGAAGUUCAAGAUGGUGGAAUGCGAGCUGGAUGUUCCGGGAUUUGGAGUGGGGGAAGUUACAUUGUCGGAGAUCUUAGAAUCCGUCACCCACAUCAUGCACAACGCGUGGAAGGUCGACUGGGCCCUCACACUGCAGUCGUUUGAUCCCGAACUCAAGGCCGUCCGCAACCUUCUCGAGCUUGCAGCGAGGUCUCCGUAUGUCAAAGCACCUAAGGUCAUCAUCGUCAGCUCCAUAGGGAUACUUAGAGGCGCCCGUUUCGAGGGCUCCAUUCCAGAGGCCCCAGCUUCUGCAUCGUCGCCUCCAAUUGGGAUGGGCUAUGCAGAAGCGAAAUGGGUCGCUGAACAGAUGCUAUUCGACGCGAUGUCCAGUGCCGGCAUCUCAGGGACCGCUGUUCGCCUUGGUCAGAUCUGCGGAGACAAAAUGGGACAUUGGAACGAGAAGGAAUGGUUCCCGGCGAUGAUCAAGUCCAGUAUCGCCCUUAGAUGCCUCCCUGACCUGGGUGCGAUGCCCGUCGCCUUCAUCCCGAGCAAUCCCACCGCCCGCGCGUUUGCAGAAGCGCGCAACUCCCCCGCACCCGUCCUCCACCUCUCUCAUCCGCGGCCGGUACCAUGGAACGUCCUCAUGGCCCAAGUCGCGCAAGACCUAGACCUUCCCCUAGUCCCGCUCGCCGACUGGGUCACGGUGCUCGGAGACGAAGAACCCGUGAGAGACGCAGAAGAAGCGUCGCGCACGCUUCCAGCGCUCGCGCUGCUUCCCGUGUUCCGGCAGUGGGCCCACGAGCGCGGCGGGCCCGUGAGCGCACUGCCUAUCUCGACGAGGCUGGCGGAGGCCUCUGCGCCGACGUUGGCCGCGCUUCCGCAGCUCACGGCGGACGACGCGCGGGCCUGGGUGAGGGAGUGGAGGCGGUCCGGGUUCCUGGUGAGUGCUUUUUGGCAUUCAGAGUGUUAG